AUGACAGACAACAGGCCUAAGAAGUUAAUUGCCAACUAUUUUAAACCUUCAAUAUACAUUAGGUCCUUCAAAGAUGUCAACUUAACCCAACUUAAACGCCAAGGGAUUAGACUUUUUAUCAGCGAUCUUGAUAACACUCUCGUUCCCCAUUACACGCGUUUGCCUAACGCUGACGUGAUCAAUUUCAUCCAAAAGAUUCAGAGCGCCGGAAUAACCUUUGUGAUUGUCUCAAACAACACCAAAAAUCGCACCCAACGUUUCGCCGAAAAAACUAGCGCCGACGCCUUUUACGGUAACGCUCGUAAACCAUUCAAGCGAGUUGUGCGCUCCAUCAUUGAGCGCUACCAAGUUUUGCCUUCGGAAACAAUUAUCAUGGGCGAUCAGAUCGUAAUGGACAUAUUGGUGGCUAACAGAUUAAAGUGCGAAUCAAUUUUGGUCCAACCGCUUGUUUCAACCGACUACAAGAUGAACUGGUUCCACAUGUUUUUAGAACGAGUCAUUUAUUCGCGUCUAGCAAAAAGAAACAUUCUUGUCAAAGGACAGUUCACUAGCAGCGACCUUAGCGAUCGAUUGGAACUUCUUUAA